AUGAUUUUAGCUUUUAGUUUUGGCUAUGCUAUUAUUAUCAUAGCUAGUUUUAUUUUUAAAAUAACAUUAGCUGAAUAUGAUUGUUCAGCUAAAGAAGAUGGUUGGUAUUAUGAUCCAGAAUUUUGUCAUAUUUAUUGGCGUUGUAUUCAUGGUUCAUCAGAAGAAUUUGAAUGUGCUAGUGGGACAGCUUGGGAUCAUCAUGAAAAUCGUUGUAAUUGGCUUGAUAAUGUAGAUUGUUCACGUGCUGAAAAAACCACAGCAAAAAUUGUAUCUGAAGAUGAUGAUAAUGAACAAGAUGAUGAUAAUGAAACAAAAGAUGAUAAACCUAUUGUUGUUGUUAGUAAAUCAAAAAGAAAGAAAAAGAAAAUGAAUUCAAAUAAAAGAAUGUUAGAUGGUGGUGGUGGUGAUGAUGAAGAAGAAGAAAAUAUUGAUCGUGAGAACUCAAAUUAG